GAGCAGAGUUCGAGGGUCCGGAGGGGCCGGGAUGAAGUGUGGCUGACCCUCAUCGUGGGACACUCUCCGUUCUGUCUUGGCCACCGAUUGCUGGAGAAACAAGCGGUAGACAAAGUAGAAUGACCUUUAGAGUUCGUAGUGAUAAGCCGACCUGAAUCAAGGGGCUCGUCAUGUCGGAGCCACAAAUCUUAUCGUUGCGCAAAUUGACCCGGGGGAAGCCCGAGUUCACGUAACGCUGCGACCAGAUCGCCCCUAGCAGGGAUUGUUGAAUAGCCAUUGGAUGUAAGACCACGUAAUGUCAAAUGUUGAAUAGUGGACCUCUAUUUCCAGUUUCUUUAGUCUGAUCUAUUUCCUUGUAUCGCGGAAGUUCGCUUGAGUAUGCUUGGGAGAUUUUUUUUCUUUUCCUACAGCUGCUGUUGGGGAGCUUUUCUGGUCCAUAAAGUGGGUCUGCCUGCAGUCUGUCAGUAAUUCCUUCAGCGCAGGCUCUAUCUUGUCCUAUCAAUCGCGGAGGAACUCUCGUGGAACUUAUUGUCAGGAUCCGGUUACGGGAAGUCUUCUAGCAGUCGAAGGUGAUGUGUACUUACUAGGGCUGGGUUAUCCAACUGCCAGAGCAUCAAGACUAAAAUCUUCCUGCCAGCUGCUUGUUUAUGGAGCAUUGACAACUCUCUCUCUUUCUCUCUCUCUCCGUCUCUCUCUUUUUCACACCCGUCGCCUUGUGGACCACCCUUCCUAGGUUGCAUAAAUACCUCUGUGUCUCUAUACCUCUCUUUCUCAAGCUUCCUCACUGCAUGUGUUUCCUUGUGGUAGGUCGAGGUAGGGCUUUCCCUUGCCUUUAUUUCCAACUGUAACGUGUGAUAGGAAAGAGUUGACAAGCAAUCGUCAAUUGUGAGAGUUCAUGAUGUUGAGAAGUACUUGAGAGCUUUUGGACGUCUGUUACUUUACUUUUGAAAGGAUCCCGAUAGCAGGCUUGGCUACUUAAGAACUCUGAGCUGAAACCACAUAAUUUUCCAAUUUGCGUGGCUUCGGACGUAUUCGGGAAUCUGAGGGCUGCUUUUCAGGGACAUCAAUAGAAGAGUUGUACUUGUUGGGGGAAUCUUGCACUUAAACGCAGCGUUUAGAAUGAUCACUCCUGGGUGUGAAAGGAGUUGUGGACGGCGAACUGGAUAACCAGUCUGCGAAUUUGGGCUUGUCGUUACGCGAAGAUUGUCGAAAAGGAAGGUAGUAUGGCGGAUGAAGUAGUCUCUGUGACAGUGAAAGAGCAUCCAUCGACUUUGCGCUCGCCAUAGGCUUCCGAGUCGUGUUAUUUACGAAGACAGGUCUUCAACAACGUUGGUUGUAGUCGAUGAUCUAGAUCAUGGGAUCUCCAAGCGGUGGAGUUGUUGAGAAGGAAGAGGAGAAUAGAUUCGAUAGUAUGCCCAUGACCACAGCAGUUGUUCAAAAGCAGAGCGGCAGCAGCGGUAGAGUUGACAUGGUGCGAAAGAUAGAUUUAUCCCUCAAGCUAGCCGAAGACAGUGACGACAAGGACGAGGAGAUGGAAAGUGACGAACAUGAGUUAAACACCCAGACGCGGCUGGAUCAUCAGAUGUGUAGCGUCGAGGAUACAGGAGCCAAUAAUCAUCCAGUUCAGAUUCAAGUGUCGCAACAACACUCUGAUGAUGGAUAUGCCUUCACAUGCGAGGUUAAAGGCUGUGGAAGUGAGGUUAGGGAGAGAGAUCACUUGGUGGUCGACAGCUUGACGCAACGCGAUAAAACUGGCAGUGAUCGCUCAACAGUGGAUAACGAAUCGCCUCCCCCUUCACCCGUUGGACUACCCGCAUCUGCCGCUUCCAAGCUCAAAGAUGAGUUGAUCGCAGCACGAACCGAAAUUACGCGCCUGAGGCAAGAAAAUGACCGAUUUCGUUCUGUGUUAAUGCAUCUUACGAUGGAACACCACAAUCUUCAGAUGCUUGUGGUUGCUUCCAUGCAACGGCACAGCGACUCUACGAUCUAUCCAGUCCAAAGUCUCCUGACACAGGAUGCCUCUUCAACGCCAGCGGCUCAUGGAGCAUUGACAUCGAGAAAUUCAGACAGAGAGAACUUGCGGGCUGGGAGUCCUCUCAAGUCAACAGUUCAUGUGAAGAUUGCGAAGCACAUGGGAUUAGUGCAUGCCCUGAACAGUCAGGUACCUAAGGUCGAAGUCACAACGCGUUCUAGGCCCAGAACCGGAUCAGCAUCUCCUGAAAGAUCAACAUCGCCAACCGAGUCCCUACAAGGAUGUCCUCCUAUGUUGCACCCUCCAUCUCCGGCGGAGGAAUCUGAUCAGCCCCGAAAGCGAGCAUCAGAGCCGACUGAACAUAAAGCUAAUAAGUCAAUGAAGCUGGCUCAGAAUGGCGCGCCUUCUGAUGUGCCGGUCACCCAGGUCGAGGGAGAUUCCAACUUCAGGAAAGCUCGCGUGUCUGUCCGGACUCGAUCCGAUGCUUCAACGAUUAACGACGGAUGCCAGUGGAGAAAAUAUGGUCAGAAGAUGGCUAAAGGGAAUCCUUGCCCUCGCGCAUAUUACCGCUGCACUGUUAUGUCUGGCUGUCCAGUUCGCAAGCAGGUGCAAAGGUGCGCCAAGGAUACCUCUAUUCUGGUUUCCACAUAUGAAGGAACCCACAACCAUCCUCUGUCGACCGCUGCUGCAGCGAUGGCUUCGACCACCUCUGCCGCAGCUUCGAUGUUUCUUGCGGGCUCUACCUCUUGUGAUAUGACAUUCAUGACCUCGGCACCUCAAUUUAUGCAAAUGGCCGGCUCUCAAGGGCCGAACCCUGCAGCUGUUCCGACAAACACUGCAUCCGCUUCAUUCCCAUCCAUCACUCUAGACCUGACGAACGGACCCAUGAAUCAACUAGGUUUAAGACUGACUAAUAGCUCCGGCUCCACGACUACGAAUCUGCAGCACCUUCAGGGUGUAAUCACGAAUGGAGUCGUGACCUCACAACGUGGCAGUCAACAACAAUUCAUGACUGUCCCCAAACAACCCGCCACAGGAAAUACCCCAAUGUUUCUCAUGAAUGGAACAGCUGGCGCUGCCGUGGUGACCAACUGUGCACCACUAUCGAAUUUAGGCAGCGCUUUCUCCCCAGCAGGCACUCUGAGCAAUCAGUUCAUGCAACAUCAUCCUAGUGUGGAAUCCUCGAGUGGGGUAUUUAGUAAGCACCCUGCUGGUCCACAAACACAAGCGUUGCAACCGUCUUUGGCGGAGUCCGUGACGGCAGCCACUGCAAUGAUCACCUCCGAUCCGAAAUUCACCGCUGCUCUGGCUGCCGCCAUUACCUCCAUUAUAGGCCAACAGAACCAGAAUUCGCGAAAUCAGUUCUCUCAGGUUGUGGGAAAUCAAACCAGACAAGGGCAACAGAAUGCAUCUUCGCCUCCAUCGGCAUUCACCACUGUUGCACCGAGUGGCUCAGUGGUCAGUCCACACUCAAGUGCCGCGCCUGGAGAGGCCGCUCUUUCAACCGUUCUGAAAUCGGCUUUAAUGUCCCUAACCAAGGAUCAGCCAGCAAAUGGACUGUUCAAUAGUGUGAAGCCCACUCCUGGGCACGGAUUUGUUGUGGCCGCCGUGCCGAACAGACGACCUUAAUCACAAACGAAAUUUUAUUUAAUUCUCUUGUCAAUCGGCCUUGAAUUAAACUUUCGUGGUUUCAGUCGGCGGAAACAACUUUGCCUUGCCUGGAAAGAGAUUACAUUGUAGUUGGUGUUUCUGAGGCUCAAUACCCAUCGGCAAUUGAAUCAAACGAAGACAGUAAGAUGCCGUCCACACGAUGGACUGAAGGAACUUGUGAACAAGCCACCAAAAUCUGAGCUCCUGCAAGAUUCUUUCAAAGGAGAAAGUGGGUAUUCUCACUUUAAAUCUUGUGAGCGACCUUCCGAUCCUUUUCAGUAACUUCUGGUCCCGGAGAAUCAGUAAACAGAACGGAUCAAACCAUGUAAAGUGUGUACGAUAGAAGCAAGACUGUUUCAGGAUUGUUUUUUUUAACAAAUAAACUGGACGAUUUCAUUGCUUGAGGUUGACAUCAUGCCACAAUUUUAAUCAUCAGUGUAAAGCGCAGUAGAGCCCAGGUGAUGCUGAGUAUUGGGCUGAGGUGGAUGAUGAAUCGGUACUUGAACACAGUCUACUUGGGUUUGACCAUUGUAACAAAUAGUUUACUUUUAUUAUAUGGUGGGAUGAACGCUUUAAAUA